GAGAAUAGACCACGCCUCGUCGUCGCGGCGCCAUUGUAGCAGAACUGCUGAUAAAUCUGCUUCCCUCUUCCCGCAUUCUUCUUACCUUUCGGCUUUUCUCGUUCUAACUGUCGAAUUGUGAUCUUCACAAUUCGGCAGAAUGUCAAGGGUGUAUAUCGGACGGCUGAGCUAUCGAGCCAGGGAAAAAGACGUCGAGAGGUUCUUUAAGAGCUAUGGGAAGAUACUGGAAGUCGAUUUGAAAAACGGGUAUGGGUUCGUUGAAUUUGAUGACCCGCGCGACGCCGACGAUGCCGUGUACGACCUGAACGGGAAGGAGCUGUGCGGGGAACGUGUGAUUGUGGAGCACACCAAAGGACCUCGUCGUGAUGGUGGCUACAGUGGAGGAGGAGGAGGAGGGGGAGGCGGGGGAGGAAGGAGUGGUUACGGAGGACGUUGGGGGAGAGACCGCUAUGGUCCACCUAUUAGGACGGACUAUCGACUCAUUGUUGAGAAUCUGUCCAGCCGAUGCAGCUGGCAGGACUUAAAGGAUUACAUGAGGCAAGCAGGGGAGGUGACUUACGCCGAUACGCACAAGGGUCGAAAGAACGAAGGGGUGAUCGAGUUCAGGCUCUACGCUGACAUGAAGCGGGCUCUGGAGAAGUUGGAUGGCACCGAGGUCAACGGCAGAAAGAUCCGUCUCAUUGAAGACCGCCCCGGAGCUAAGCGCCGCCGUUCCUAUUCACGCAGCAGAAGCCGUUCCAGGUCCCGCUCCAGGAGCCGCAGGUCCCGCAAGAGCCGAAGCCGCAGCGAAAGCAGCAGUCGCAGCCGCUCCCGCUCCAGGCCUGCUUCCCGCUCCCGCAGUCACUCCACCAGCAAGAAGACUAAAGGAAAGAGCAAGAAGGAAGACGAGCGCAGCAACGGGGACCGAAAGGACAAAGAGCAGAGUAGGAGCCGCAGCCCCAGAAGCAAGAAGAGCAAGAAAGAGGCAAAGAAGAGCAACGACGACGAGUCCAGAUCCCGAUCUAGGUCUCGCUCCCGUUCAGUCUCCAGGAAGUCUGCAUCAAAGGGUCGUGACCCUCCCAAGAGCGAAGACGAGGCAGGCGAACAGGAGCGGCGUUCUCGCUCCUGCUCCCCCGCUGAUUCGAAAUCCAGAGCCAGGUCCAAGUCCAAAUCUAAAUCCAAGUCCCGCUCGCCUAGCCCCGUCAAAGAGCGCUCCCGCUCCGCUUCCCGUUCGGUCUCUCGUUCCAAAUCCCGCUCCAAAUCCCGUUCCCAGUCCCGCUCUCGUUCCCGCUCGUAGUUUUUUUGCACUGUCUGUCACCCCCUCCUCGUGUGUCCCCUCCCACUUUUGCAUUACGCUCAACAUGGGUUACGUCACGUUUUUGAUAGGUAGUUGUUCAACCAAGAUACUUGCUCUUGAUGUCUUAUGCACAUCUCCCAUUUCAUUUGCUUUAACAUUUUUCUCCUUUCCCGUAGACCCAAAAGUGGAGGCUUUUUAAAUUCCAGUCUGAGACUCAAGUUUUUUUUAAGUUAAUUUGGUGGUAUAUGUUUUUGUCCUAAAUGUCGAUGCUAAAUAUGUACUGCUGUGCUCGAUUGGAAUACACAUUUCACCUUUUGUGAAAGCUCUUCAACAUUAUUUCAAAUAAAAAAAGGCCUCUUGA